CGGGUGCGGGCAGGGGGCCGUGGGGCCCGGGCGGCGCGGCCGCGGAAGGGGGUAUAUGGCGGCGGUUUUGUCGGCCCUGGCUGCAAGGCUCUCCCAGUCGGCCGCGGCCCGGUCCUACGGGGUGUUCUGCAAGGGGCUGACCAGGACCCUGCUCAUUUUCUUCGACCUGGCCUGGAAGCUCCGCAUCAACUUCCCUUACCUCUACAUCGUCGCCUCCAUGAUGCUCAACGUGAGGCUGCAGGUCCAUAUUGAGAUCCACUGACUUGUGACUUGGUGUGCUGCUUGCACCAUAUGCUGCAACUAGAGAGAGUCACGCUCUUCAAGUUCAGCCUGUUGUGAGACAGCAAAGCUGUGCUCAUCAUCUCUAGGACUAUGAAGAAAGAAGACUUUCACCAGAAACUAAUUCGUCACAGUGGCCCAGGUCAUCACAAGGCAGCGCUUCACCUGACACAUGUGCAUUCCAUGUUGAACAGUUCUCAAAAUCCCAGUAGCAGUUUACAGGAGUUAUUUUAUUUUAACACCAGGAAUUGUCCUCUCUUCAACACUAUACCUCUGCUUUCUAUUGGCAAGGAAAUGCCUCCCGGUCAGAGUGAAUCAGCAGGGAGGAACUCAAGUGCAGCUGCUCCUUGGAAGGAUUCAUUUCAUCUGUUUUUUUCUUCUGGGAAAGACAGUCUCGAUAUUAACAAUAUUUCAGUACCAGGCUGGUUUGAGGAAGCCUGUAGUUUUGCUGGAGACUUCAGGUCAUGCUAUCCAGGAGACAACUUUGUAUGUUUUGCACACUUCUGGCUGGGAAAUUUGCAGUCUAAUAAAAAUGUGCAGUUUCUGGAAUUAGAAAUGAGCAGUAGCAAAGAGAAUGAAUUGCAGCUUGCAUUUCUUAAAGAGUUCAGUCUUGGUGGAAUGCCUGAUCUCUGUUCUAUCCGACUUGCCCCAUUGAAUGAAUAUGCUAUGGGACUUCUAAACAACCAGAAACAAUGGUUUUUCCUUUGUUAUUUAAACCAUAUGUCUUCAGAGCAAACACUUGGAUACAAGCAAAUGCUUUCAAAUAUACAAUAUGUGACUAACAAUCUUCACAUCAUACAGCUAGUAAUUUGGGUGCUAGCUUUUGCACUAGCAGGUCUCUGGUAUGCAGUAGUGAAGGUAAAAAAGUACUAGAUUUUAAUAGUUACUAUUUUUAACAUUAAUAGAAACUUAACUAAUGGAGACAAGGUUAAAGUGAGUUUCAGUGAGAAGUAGCUAAAGUAAAAAUUAUACUUGUGUAAUUGCUAGUAAAACUGGCUGUUGUAAAAUUAUGGACUUUUUUUUUGUAAGGAAUAUCUGCAUCUGAGUGGAAAGAACUUGUUAAUCUCAAAACUUUGUGAUUUCUGCAGGUCUGCCAUUAACACUAGACUAGAACCCAAUCUGAUUGUUUACCACAGAUUCUUUGUUUUCUUUAGGGUUUGUAUUAGCAGAGUCUUCUGGCUGCUAUUUACAGCCAUUUCCACUGAAACUGUUUCUGGUAGAAUUAAAUUCCUUCUCUGAAUCCAGCACUAACUAAUGUGCCAGUCCUUAAAAUACUUUAAACUGGAAAGCUGUUGGGGGGGUGUGGUGUCUCCAACACAGUAUAAUUCUCAUCAGUGUUCCUUUUCAAGGAUGGUACUGCUCUAGUUUAAACUAUCUCAUGAGUUUUAUUGCGUGAGAAUAGACGCUAUAAACAACUUUUUAAAAGAAUGUUUUCUUUCCUUGAAAAAGUGAUUGUUAUCACUGAAGUACAGUAAUAAUUUCUGGGCCUGUUGACUUUGGCUUUGGGACAAACUUCUGACAACAGGGUUUGGCAAAGAAUGGAGAAAGAAUGUUGGAAUCGAUAGAGCAGCUUGUGAAAAAGAAUUACAGGAAUAGGCUUCCACCAGCAUGUAGCUGGAGAAGCUCAUUGUGCAGUAGAUCAGAGUUUGAACUCUGUUCCAAAAUUCUCAACAAAAGAGUUGGUGUAGGUGGGCUUACCUAAAGAGGGAGGGUUUGAUAUGGUUAGGAUGCAUUUUCAGCUCACCCUUCACUGUUAAAAGGACUUAAUGCAGGGUAAAGUCAUGCCAGUGAUUCACACACCAAGUAUCCUUUUUGCUAGCUAGCUUGCUUCCUUUUGGAAAGUAAGUGAUGUUGCAUUUAUUUUGAACUGAAUUCACCUGGAAAGCCAGUAGAGUUUCUAAUGUGAUGUUUGCACACUGAGUCCUUGAUGAAGAUGAGAUGCUGGUUAUGAGUGUUAUGGAGAGAAAUGCUGGAAUUUUUUAACCUUAUUUGAGUCCUGAAAGUAAGAUAUGCUACUUCUUAUGUUAAAUGAUAUGUUGUGUUUUAAUUGUCACCAUCGGUUGGCUUUUCUUUUGGAUGUUAGAAGAGAUAAAAAGCCAUUUAUCUUAAUUUAGCUUUUUCCCUGGUGUAUACUUUUAUUAACUGUUUAACUUCUAGACUUAACCUCAUCAUUACCUGUUGCAAAAUUACCAAAAACCUCAAAAUAAUAACGGAUUACAUAUUAUAAGUAAUUAUUUUGACAGCAAGUUUCCUGUUAGUCAAGCCAUUCAUACUAUUCACUUCCAUCUCCACUGCUGCAACUUAUCAUCCUUGCAGUGGUAUUAACAUGAGUGUUUGUGGAUCAGGAUUGCUGAAGCAAUGUGGAUCUGAAACCCCAGAAACGAAGACAUUUCUCCAAAAGUCUGGCUUAUUUGACUUACAGUGUUAAGCUGUUGUCUGCAUACAACAAACAACAAAAAAACACUUGGCAGAGCUGAGAGUAGAGGAAUGAAGGUGGUGAGGGGUUGGAGCCUCUUUACUAUGGGUUGAUUGCUAAAGAAAACAUUGUGCAAUUGCAUCCUGUUCUCUAGAACUAGCUAUACAGGUAAAGAAAUACAAUUUUCUUGUAUAAUCAGCUUUUUUAAGUUGCAUAUAAACACAGUCCUGGAUCCACAACUCAAUGCUGUUCUAUAUAAAGAACUGACUAGCAUGGCUAUACCUGUAAUUGUUACCCAAGACCUUAUUUGUUCAGCUGAAUGGUUUGGCCUGGAAGAUUCUCUGCUCUAUUGUACGUAAACUUGGUGGUGAUAUUGUCAGGUUAACAGGCAAGAGUAGUACCUAAAGGUGUGAAAGCAUGAAUCCAGUGUUUAAUGCCCCUAUUCUUUGUGCUGAUUUUAAAGGGGGGUUGGAACAAAACCACAUCUAAAUUAGAACUUAAACACAUGUACAGCAGGGUGCGAGUGGUUGUCUCUAUUGAUGACAAGCCAGCGCAGGAGAGGAUCUUGGAAUGUUGAAUCAUUGCAUUAUCACAGUCCAAAUAAUACAGUCCUGUUUUAAGCAAAAUUUUCUUUGAGUGGCCUUUAAUCACUUACUACAGGGCUACUUUAAUACAGAUACAGUAUAGCUAAGCAAAAUGAUGGAUACUUUUUUGGAUGUAUUGUACGUAUAUUAAAGAUAAGAUACAAAGAAUACGCCUUAGGUGAGUGGAUUUAAUCCAUUUUAAGAUAGUUUAUGUACUUUGCCUUGAAUUUUAUUGCUUAAAUCCUAAAAGGUAACUUUCUAACUUGAACAUUCCUUCUGAAAUUCAAGUAAAGGAUAGUUUGGUAAGUUAAAAUCUCACAUAAUAUACUGCACUUUAAGCUUUGGAAGGCCAUAAAUUGAAAGCACUGUUCUUGCACUAAUAGAGCUGUUGGACUGGUGGUGACAACACUCGAAUGGGUUUUACUCUCUGGGGGGAGAAUAGUGAACCAGCAGGAUGGCAGUCCUUUGAAACUAUACAUAAGUCAAACGCUGUAUGGUUUAGGCCACUGUUCUCUUCCUAAAAGUGUUUUAAUAUUAUCUCAAAAGAUGGAAGGUGUCUCAGUUAAGAACCAGUUUGUAUGGAGUGUCAUAGCUUCAAUUAGUGAGAUAUGGAAAGUUUUCUGAGGAAGUGUGCUGUUAGACUGUCUUGGAUGAUUGUUACAGUACAGAAGAAUAACAUUUUUAGGAGGGGUAAAGGACCUUUAUACUGAACCGGGAGUUGCCUUCAUAUUUCCAGUUCCCCUCUUGUCUUGUUCUGCUGUUGGUGUUGGAAAGAGGUAUUUCUAAGCAAAAUGUCAGGAUUCUACUAAACAACUCGUGCUUUCUAAAAUACCAUGCAUCAGUGCCCAGAUUCUUCCUGCACUACAUAGCAGAGAGUUCUAUUUCUGCCAUUAGAAAACAAAUUAAGUAAGAAAAUAUCCAGUAUUUAGAGAAUUGCCUAGUAGUUUCCCAUAAAUGUACACUUACGUGACAAUUUACUAUAUGGUGUACUGCUUUGAAAAAGAAAAUAUACUUUUAAAUGUGUGCACACAGAGCUUUGCAUGUAGAUAAAAAUGUUUUAUCAGAGUAUGAUGUUGGAAUGCUUAUGCAAAUGCUUUUUUACUUUCUGACAUUACAAUGCAAAAUGCAGUAGAGAUGGUGGUGUACUUAAGUGUGAUAUUAGCUAGUGCAAUCUUAGAAAUCAUAGUGUGCAUUGUCAUGCAGUAUGAGACAGUUUUAUCUGUAGAUGGUUUUUAGCCUUUUGCUUUUUCAAUGUUGGGGUUUUGUUGUUGUUUGGGGUUUUGGGGGGUAUUUUUGUUGUUUUGUUUUUAAGGACUGUAAAAACUGCACUUUCUUAAACUCUGCCAAAGUUUGCUUUCUUUCUCCUUUACUCCUCCCUCACCCCUCAUUCUAGGCAUGCACACUGAAUUUUUGGAAGAAGCAAGCACUUAUGUACUCUCCUAAUAUACCAUCUUACUGUCAAGUUGUUCCAUUUUGUCUUUAUGGUCUGUUCUUAUGUGUAAUUUCCUUCUCCUCCUCCCCUGUAAUUUCUCAGCAUAAGCAUAUACUGAUAUGCUAUUCCAUUGCAGAAACACUUCCCUGUAAUUAAUUAUGCAUAACAAAUUGACAGAAAUCAUGUAGAGAUGUAAGCACCCGUGGCCUGUCAUUAGGGUGUAUGACAAGUGGUACAUUGGCAGAGCAAUAGGUGGUCAAUGUGACAUUUCUGCUUUUUCCCUUAGAAACUGCUUCUUUGAUGAAAAUCUAAUAUUUAAUUUGAUUUUAUAGUACCUCUGUCAGCUGAAAACUGCAUCUAGAAUUUGAGGCUUAUCAAAUACAUUGAGGUCAAAGUUUAGAACAGUUACACUAACUUCAAUACUCCUUGUUUUUUAAUUAUUGGUGUAUCUUUCUGCAAAAUUCACAAACACUCUUAGUAUUUUGAAACUUUUUUUUUCUAAGAGUGCAUAGAAUAAAAUGUGUUCUGCCACUUGUUUCUGUGUAACUGGGAAAAAUAAACUAUUGGGUUUUUUUUAAAUGUCAAUGCUUUUGAUAUCUCAAAUUGCAAAGCCUCCAGUCAUCAAGGAAAAGCUGCAUUCAGUAGUAUUCAAUGUCGAAUAAACAACUUGCUGCAUCUGAAAAUACUGAUAUUUAUGAUCAGCUUGCGUACACUAGGGCAUAGAUACCAAUCUGCUGAUACUGUGUAAACAAGAAUAAUACAGAAGUGCUAGAAUAAUGCUAUCCUUUACCACCCUGCAGUAAGUUAAUCUGCUGUUGUGUACUUUGAAACUAGUCCUGUAUUGCAUUCCAAAAUCUCAAUUGUCUUACUCUUUCUGGAACUUGUGAUAAAAGAUCCAGGCCAAGCAGAUGGUUAUUUCAUUGUUCGCAAUGAACAAAUUUAGAAGCUAAAAAAUGAGAAAAUGGCCAGAGGGACUUCCAGAAAAAAUAUCUGCCUUGAAAAGAUUAAUUCUUUGUGAUCUCAAUAUUAUAGUCUGUUUCACAAAAUCUUUCUUUUUCCUUCUUUGUGGAAGAUUUAUAUAAACCCAAUAGCAAAAAUGCUUAAACCCCAAACUUGUGACAGUAUCAGUGUUCUUUAAGUUUCUGUCUGUAGUCAAUUCUGCAUAUUAUCCAAUAUAAAAAUACCUAGAUGUAAUUUACGCUUUUGUUCUUAAAAGUAGGUAAAUCUAAUGCUUAGUGCCUAAUUCAUCACUUUGAGUAUUCCAUGAACUUCCUUGAAAAUGGGUUUUGCUACCUGCUGCUGACUAACACUGAUUUUAAAUGCUGACCCUUAAUUCUUCCUGUAAGCUGUGAUGUUACCCAUGCACAACAAUUUUAGUCUAUGGCCGUGGUCUUUGGCCCUGGUUUUUUUUUAUCGCAAUGUGGGAAAUGGAGGAGGCUGGCACAAACCAUUUUUGUUUGUUCCAGAGAAAGAUGUUUACAACUUUGUAUGUAUUUUAGAAAUUUACUGUAACACUUUUUAACUUGUGAGAGGAGUUUCCAUAGUAAACUUGAAAUCUGUUCUAAUGAGGUGAAUACAGACUUCUGAAUAAUACAGAGAGCUACCUAAGCUUCCAGAAGCUGUUAAUGGUGAUGCUGCUCGCUUACACCACAGGAGGGAGUCAAACAUCAGUCUUUUACAUAUUUUCAGUUAAAGGCAUUGUUUUUUCUUAGCACAGUGCAUUUCAGUUUAUAAAUAUGCUGACUUUGACUUGUCUUAUGGAUUGUCACUGCAAAUAGGUUAAUGUACAAAAUCUAUACACAGUGGUAAUGUAUUGUAACUGUUUACAGUUGAACUCUUGAGUACCAAUUGAUGAGUUUUAUCAAGCUAUUUAAAAAUAGAAAUAAAUGUAUUUUUUAAAAUGA